UUCGCGCUGGAGGGGAGCAAAUGGAUCCUCUGCCCAAUCCAGCGCCCCUGGCUUCGAAGCUGUGGAACACGCUGGUUCGGUACCACAACAUCGGAGACGGCGAGUGGCGGGUGGCGAAGAAAACCAAAGAUGCAACUGUGUGGCGUAAACCAUCGGAGGAAUUCAGUGGAUACCUCUACAAAGCUCAAGGAGUGGUGGAAGAUCUUACUAACAGAAUAGUGGAUCAUAUUUGCCCUGGACCUUACAGGCUGAACUGGGACAGCCUAAUGACUUCAAUGGACAUCAUGGAAACAUUUGAAGAGAACUGCUGUGUGAUGCGCUAUACAACUGCUGGACAGCUCUGGAAUAUCAUAGCACCAAGGGAGUUUGUUGAUUUCUCUUAUACUACAAGCUAUGAAGAUGGGCUUCUAACAUGUGGUAUAAGCCUAGACUAUGGAGAGUUGAGACCAAACUUUGUCCGCGGAUUCAAUCACCCUUGUGGCUGGUUCUGCGUCCCACUCAAGGACUCUCCUGGCCACAGUCUUUUGACAGGGUACAUCCAGACUGAACUGCGAGGGAUGCUACCACAGUCUGCAGUAGACACUGCUAUGUCUAGUACCCUGUCCAAUUUCUACUCUGACCUCAAGAAGGCACUCAAAACAUAGACAAACAGUGUCUUAGAAGCCUGUGCAUUCCUUGCAAUAAGAUUAUGUUGUUUAGCUUAGCAUAGGUUACCUACUAAAUUGAGGUAACGCUCUUCCCGAAUGACACCUGAACCUUUGUGUUGAGGAUCCAAACAACUUUAGCAAGUGCUUUUUUAUGUGAAAAUUGACAUGCAUUCCCAGUGCACAGUGCGAGAUGCUUUUUGCUGCUUAGCACUCUGCAGCUUUUAUGUGGAACAGCCUGAAUCUCUAAACCCCCGGCUUCCUCAGUAGAAAGCACAAGAUGUGUGUGUGGGGGUUUGAAAAAUGCAGCAUGAGCUCAGCUCUCUCCAGCAGUUUUGGGAUCCAGCUGCUCAUGAUUUUGAUGGUGCAGGUUGCUGUACAGGCAGUAUCUCACUGUAGAUGUAAUGUUGUAUUACAUACAUAUAUAUUUACUUAAAUUUUAAAAUUUUCUUUGAAGUUUGUUCAGCUGCAUCUGUAAUUUGUUUUUAAAAUGUGCUUUGGUUUAUCAUAUGGAUAUUACAUGGCUAAGUUGUUAAAUGAUACUAUUCAUAAGAAAUCUUAUCUGUACUUGAGAGCAAAAGUAAGUGUUCAUUAUUGGCAUUUCUUUGAUGUUGUAACUAUAACUUAUUUGCCAUUGUAUAUAACAGUCUCAGUGCAUAAAGAAAUGCCCUUACAGCUGAUCCAAAGCUAAUUUAGGUCAUUGGGUGUCUUUCUGUAGGUUUUUUUUUUUGUGGGCUUUUAAUCACACAGUUGACAAAAUAGCAAACCUCCAAUGGAUCUUCAGUGAUACCAUAUUUCAAAGGUUUUAAAUUUAAAUU